UGUAGGCGUUGACAAUUCCAUCUUUCUUUCGUAUCCCUAUUAAUUUUUUUAACAUUAAACAUAUAUAGCAUAUAUAUUUUGUAUCCGCAUUCAUUUUUUAAACAUUAAGCAUAUUACUUAGACAAAUACGAAAUCUAAUAGAAAUGUGCUGCUCCAAUGAUUGUCUCGAAAAAGUCUGUUGUUCGCUGGAGGUCAAGGCGCUGUUCUUCAGCAUUUGGACUAUCGUACAUGGAGUAAUUUUUUUUGGAGCAUCAAUUUACUUUUUUGUUGCUGCAAUUAAUUGUCCACUAUAUGGGGCCAUUCUGGCAUUGAUAGGCGCCAUGGUGCAUCUAGCAGGUGGACUAUGCUUGUUAUUUGGCUAUGGGGCUGACAUGAGACCCUUGUUUUUGGCUGGCAUCAUUCUGAGCUCCAUAAUUCCCUAUAUAUUAUUGCCAUCUAUUUACCUACCAGUCAUUCAAAUAAUCUUUACUAUUACAUCAUGCAUAUAUUAUAAAAAAGAGAUGCCAAAAUAAUACCGGACUAUGAUGAUACCGGUUUAUGAUUUCGAUUGCUGAUCCAGAAUCAAUUCAAACAAUUACAAAUUUAUUUGAAAGCAAAUGGAAAUUGAUGACAAAAAUGCAAUGGGAAAAUUUAGUUCUUAUAGAUAAUUGGAAUCGAAUUCCUAUUUCUAUAGAAACUUAAUCUUAGGCGGAAAGUAAUCUAUAGGACACUUUUUACAAAACUUUAUACCAUAGCUUUUUAUAGUUGAUUUUCAGGCAUCUCCUAGUCCUAAUUAUGUUUAUAUUCUAAUAGAUAUUCAAAAUUGUUGUAGUACGUAAACAAAAUUCCAGUUAAUUACCAGGCCUGCUCAAUUAUAUUCAUGUAGUUGACACAAAAUUUUUGAAUGACAUUAUAAGCUGUCAAAGUCGUUGAUGUAAACCAAUAAAUUAUAAAGUUGUUAUUGUAA